AUGCUGCUUCUCGACUACCAGAACGUCCUGAUACAAUCUGUACUGGCCGAGAGAUUCUCCGGAGCUCCUCCCGCCUCCAUCGACCAGACCGUUUCCGACUUCGACGGCGUCAUCUUCCACAUAUCCACCCCCGAGUCCAAGACCCAGAUCCUAGUUUCCAUCCAGAUCCGAUGCUUCAAAGAUCUCGUUAAGUAUGGCGCUGAGCAGGUGCUCCAACGCGAGUAUGGCCCUUAUGUGGUAGCCGCCGAGACCGGCUACGAUUUCUCAGUCCUGGUCGACCUCGAGAAUCUACCAGCUGAAAAGGAGGCACGAGACGAACUGGUCAACAAGAUCUCGUUGCUGAAGCGCAAUGCCAUGGCGGCGCCGUUCGAGCAUGCCUAUUCCGAGCAUUACAAGCUGAAGGAGGCCGCUUCGAAGUACACGUCGGAGGAAGCGCCCCAGGGCGUCCGAGAAGGCGGUGAGGUGAUGGCUAUUCACUACCGCGACGAGGAGGCUAUCUACGUGAAGGCGAGCCACGACCGCGUGACCGUCAUCUUCAGCACCAUCUUCCGCGAGGAGACGGACAGGGUGUUCGGGAAGGUCUUCAUCCAAGAGUUCGUCGAUGCGCGAAGGAGAGCGAUCCAGAAUGCGCCUCAGGUCUUGUUCAUGAACGAGCCACCGCUGGAAUUGCAGGGCGUUCCCGGCGUACAGGCCUCUGGCGGGGACGUCGGAUAUGUCACCUUCGUUCUGUUCCCGCGACAUUUGACCCCCCAGCGGAUGCCAGAUGUCAUCUCUCACAUCCAGACCUUCCGCGACUACUUCCAUUACCACAUUAAGGCGUCUAAGGCAUAUAUUCACUCCCGUAUGAGGCGGAGGACAGCAGAUUUCCUCCAAGUGCUCCGAAGGGCCCGGCCAGAGAAUGAGGAGAAAGAGAGGAAGACAGCAAGCGGAAGGACAUUCAAGGUCCAAGGAUCCUAGGAUGGGUGCUUCUUACAGCUUUUUUCUUCACGCAACACGGCGACAAUGCGUAACCUCAUACCCCCACAUGUGCAAUGCCGACAGACAAUGCCAUGCCAAAUGGAAGAUUUUUUUUUUGGCUUCAAUGCCUGCAGCCUAUAUAAGGUGAAACAAUAUGUUGUGAACUGAAGGAUACAAUCGCAUUGCUCAACCCGCAACAACUUCAACAUAGACAAGGGCAACAAAGCCAUCGACUGCCAGCUUACGACGUCAAAGGAAUACGAGCUUAUAAACAACCCCGUCGAUGGGCCGUACAUGUGUAAUUAUUCAGAAUAUACACACCGCUCUGGAGACUCAUACGUAGGUCCCCAUAUUUAAUAUUCCAAACAUAGACACCUUCGCCCUCACGCAGCGAGGUCAAAUUCUCCCGGUAGGUUGACCCCCCCUGACCCCUAUUGUCUUAUUUGUUUU